GUACGAAAGCAAAGUUUUUUAUUAUAAGAAUACUUAUUACAAGAGAAUACAUACUAUACUCUUUGCUUAUUACUUGCUGCAUUACAUUUGUCUGUGACGGUUUUCAGCUAAAUGUUUACUUCUUCAACCGCUAUUUAAUGAAGUGUUAUUGAGAUAAGAAUCGGUGUUAUAAUUAAAAAAGAAGAUGCUCGUAAGAAAUUUAUCACGGAGGUUGUGGAGCACAGUACGAUAUGAAAAAAGGUUUCUGGCUUCUGAUCCCGCAAAACCACAGCCUGAAACCAAUAAUGGGGUUGAACAAAAUCAGGCUGAAGCACUAGAUAAAGACAUAUGUCUGUUAGUGGAUGAAAAGGACAACUUUAUUGGUACAGCAACAAAACGUGACUGUCACAAAGUGGCUGCAGAUGGUAGUGUGUUGUUACACCGUGCCUUCAGCGUGUUCUUAUUCAAUAAACGUGGAGACAUGCUUCUACAGAGAAGAGCCAGUCAAAAGGUCACAUAUCCAGAUUAUUACACGAACGCGUGUUGCAGUCACCCGCUGUACAUAGAUGAUAAGCCUGAAGAAAUUAUAACAGCAGCAAGGCGUAGACUAAACUUUGAACUGGGUAUUCCUCUAGAUCAGAUGGAUCCAGAACUGUUCACGUUCCUCACUCGUGUGCACUACCAUGAUCCGGGCGAUGGCGUUUGGGGCGAGCACGAGAUAGACCACAUCCUCUUCUUCCAGAGCGAUGUCAAGGUCAAACCCAACUCCGACGAAAUAUCCGAAUAUUGCUUCGUACCCAAGAAUGAAUUCAAUGCAUUUAUUCCGACACUUGAAGGUCCAUUAACCCCAUGGUUCAACAUGAUCCGCCGACAUCGCCUGAAGCUCUGGUGGGAUAACUUGCACCGCCUCAAGGAACUCGCAGAACCUGACAAGAUAAACAAGUUCCUAAACGAAAAGUAAUUGUCAAUAUGGCGGCAAAAUUUAGAUUAGAAAAAAAUUAUAUAUCUCUAUUAUUCGUAAUAUUAAGGACCUGGCAUUUCUUAGGUUUUCUGGAUAAUUUAUUUAUAAUUUCAUUAUUCAAUAAAGUAUUCACGUUUUAUUUCUA